GAGAGAGAGAGAGAGAGAGGCUUACCUAACAAGGCGCGAAUUCAGCCUUCGCUAUUAAAACUUGCUCACACACUCUCUUCACACUCUCCAUGUCACGAAGAAUCGGAGACAGAAUUCGGAAUUUCAUGGAUCUUGAAAUUGAACAAACUGCGAUCUCCGAGAAACUAAACCAAAACGAGGUUGAUAUGUGUGAUGUGGAUUUCGGAAUAGAUGAAGAUUCACCUGAAGGUUUGAUUGGUGAUGGGAAAGUUGAGAUGGAUAGCAAGGGAAAGGCAAAAAUAUGUUAUGAUGAGAAAUGGCAAUACCAAGAUAAGGAUGCAUCAGCCAGUGAUCCUGGGAAGACUUCCACUUCAGGAUCAAUCAUUUCAAACAAUCUCAAUAGUUCUAAUUCUGAGCUGUCUUAUCAUGAUAAUGAUGAUGACUGUGAUGAUUGUGGUGAUGACGGUUCUGAUUAUGAUGACAAUGAUAAUUUCUUAUAUGAAGAUGAAGAUGAUUAUAUAACCAUGCAAUCCCAAUUUGAUAAUGUGGAUCUUCCUCCUGGCGUAGAGGCCUCACUUCCUUGGUUGAAAGACCUUGCUCCACGUCAACUUAUAACGCCAUCUGUCACUACUAUUUCAUCUGUUCCAGACCUUUCCGAGAGCAAGAGGAAGUCAACUAUUCUUGACUCGACUGAAACCAAAAGGAAGACAACUAUUUCUGUUCUUGAUGAAAACAAAAGCAAGCUAGCUUCUUCUAGCAGUUCAACAGACCCUGAAGAGGCAAGUUCUAAUGAGAAGGAAGAAAUUAAAGAAAGUGGAGGUAUGCAAAAAUUACAUUUUAAGCUAUUCGACAUGGUGGGUGAUUUUUCUGACCAUCACUACAGCCGCAUGGGCUUUCUGGGGGAUCAGCAGCCACCAAAGAAUUGGGCAAAGAAAAUCCAGGAUGAAUGGAAAAUUCUGGAGAAGAACUUACCUGAAACAAUAUUCGUUAGAGUUUAUGAAUCAAGGAUGGAACUUUUAAGGGCUGUCAUGGUAGGACCUUCUGGUACACCAUAUCAUGAUGGCCUUUUUGUCUUUGAUUGUCUAUUCCCUCCUAGCUAUCCAAAUGAGCCACCGAUGGUUUAUUACUAUUCAGGUGGCCUUCGAUUAAAUCCAAAUUUAUAUGAAUGUGGGAAAGUUUGCCUUAGUCUUUUGGGUACAUGGACUGGUAAAUCGACCGAGAUGUGGAGUAAAGAAAACUCAACCAUGCUACAGGUUCUGGUCUCCAUACAAGCUCUGAUUCUGAAUGCACAGCCAUUUUUUAAUGAACCUGGGUAUGAAAAAUCAUAUGUUGGAGCAGAGGGGGAAAGGAAGUCGAGGUCAUACAAUGAGGAAGCAUUUAUUUUAUCCUUGAAGACAAUGUUGUACACACUAAGAAGACCACCAAAGCACUUUGAGGAUUUGGUUGCUUAUCAUUUUCGCAACCGUGCUCAUGAUAUUCUGGUAGCUUGUAAAGCAUAUAUGGAGGGAGCUGUGGUAGGUACUGUGGUGGUCAAAGACGGAGUCAUAGAAGGUGGUAAAGUUGAGAAGGGUGGCUCAAACCUCUUUAAAACCAAAGUAGGUCAGAUGAUGAAUAUUCUCAUUACUAACUUCACCAAAAACGGGUCCACAGGUUGUGAACAGUUUCGGACUAUCAGUUAGACCGUAAUAGAUAAGCUGAUAGCAUAGUGGGCAGUUGAUCUGAAGAUAUUUGGGGUUGCAAGGUGAUGCCUUAGCUGACAUGAAGCCUGUGCCUUUCAAGUACAUUUAAGUUAAUGCAAUUUUGACAAAAUGGAUUGAACCUGUG